AUGCAAGUACGAAGAUUUAUAUUCCUAUGCGGUGUGUUAGGCACGAUCAAUUAUGGUUUUGGCUGUCAGUUAUCUGAGUUUAUGUGCGAUACGGGUUAUUGUGUGUCCUUGGACAAAUUUUGUAAUGGUAACGAUGACUGUGGUGACAAAUCAGAUGAACCACCAUAUUGUUCACCUUGCAACCGGACAUAUCACGGUGAGGUCGGCCGGACUUACGAGCUGGAGGUUAGAAGGCCCAGGGAAGACAGAUUGCCAUUCUUGUGCUACUUGAACUUUACCGCGGCCGGUGGCAAGUWCGGCGACAUAAUCCAGUUGACGUUUAACACGUUCACUGUGGGCAGAUUCGUUUCGUACACGUUGGAUGGAUGUCCAGAUGGAUACAUGUCCAUCAGAGAAUCUCAAUUGCCAGACACCGGUGGUCAGUGGUGUGGCAGUGCAUGGGGCUUUACCGUUUAUUACAGCGAAACUCGGUCAAUAAACCUGACUCUCACACUAUCCAAACUCUCCGAACAAGGCAUUGGUUACAAUUUCGAUUUCAAAUUAUCAUACAAAUAUUUGAAAAAGAGCGACGCACACCUCCGAUACGGGAAUAGUACCUUCCAAACGUGGCGAGGACAGAUGAUCACAGGAAGCUACUGCGACAGGAUACUCGAUCAGUGCGAUCGUAAACUCUGCAGAGUUCAGUCACCCAAUUUCCCGGGAGCUUACCCAAGAAACGUCACUUGCUAUUAUAGGAUAGAACAGAGAACGGCCCCAAAAUCUAAGCGGGCCCUGAUUGUGGUCAGACAGCCAAAUGCACACAAAAUUCAUAUUAAAGACCAAGUCAUAAACUACGACCGAAGUCAACGUACACUCAGGGUUUGGGACCAGUGCAAUGUAAUUCAAGACUAUUUGACUGUGUACGACGGAUCGUUGGCUACUGACCCCGUACUGGUGAGGCUGUGUGGUGGUGACGCGGUACCGGAUAUCGUAAGUUCCGGGCCCAAUAUGCUGUUGGAAUUCCACACUUCCGCAUUCGAUAACCCAUUCCAUCCGGUACCACUCAGCUACUUGCCAGGAUUUGAGUUAGACGUGGAGAUACUGUUCGUCGACAACAAAUCCCCCAGCUACGCCAAGAACACCAGUCAGUGUGAGUUCUUCAUCAAACCAUUCAACAACACCAACUGGGGGCUGUUGGAUAGCCCCAGGCACUCGUUGCCACCAAACACGUCUUGCAAAUAUCACUUUCAAGGUUCUAGUCACCAAACAGUCUGGCUGUCUUUCAUCAAGUACCAUGCGGCCAGUACUGAUCCAAAUGCUUAUCACCUGAGCAACGAAUGCAACGCCAGACUCCGAAUUUGGGACAAAGUCAGAUCGUCAAAAACCAAAAAGUCCGAGUCGGUACUAAUGGGUGAGUUCUGUAAGGAGCAAGACCUACCGCGGCUUUGCGACCAUGCGUUAUUGGGCAAUGACACCAGACACGUGCGGCCGUGCGCRGCUAAGGAAUCAUACACAUCAUCUGCGGACGAAUUGACGGUGGAGAUCUACCUGAAACAGGGCUCRGUACUGUUUCCUCUCCAGUUCCUGCUGAGGUACGAGUUCGUGGAUCAGUCGGCGGAUCGGCGACAGGGGCCCGGGGAUGCGGGUCCAGCGGCGUGCAGCCGGAUGUUCGCCACCGGUUCCGGGUAUUUCGGGUCACCGAAGAACGUAUUCUUCUACGGACGAGGUGGCCGCCGGAACUUAACGUGUGUGUUCCGGUUUGUUCCCGGAUCACCCGAAGAACGGGUCCGGGUGAAAGUGUCCCAGAUUCACUCGGUCAGCACGGCGUGUACAACCGAGACGGAUGCCAGGACGGACCGAUUUCGGUGCGUGUACGGCAGCGGAAGCGGUGCGGACGCGAGCGUGGAUGGCGUAGGCGGAUCCAGGGACGACGUGACUCAGGCCCGGGUGACGAUCACUCACUACCCGUGGCCGGACAUCGAACUUCCGGUGGGCUGCGCGUGCUCGGAACUACGUAAGCCGUUUACGUUCGAAUCGUAUCCCGGCGCUGCGGUUCGCGUUGAGUUCGCCAUACGCGACAUGAACGUGACGCAGGACCACCGGGACUUUGGAUUCUCGGCUGAGUACGCGUUCGUCAAAGCAUCGYUGGUGGACAGAAAUGCAUGCCAAGACGCYCGCCAGCACCGGCACCUCCGCGGUCCGGGUGGCAUCAUCGACCUGAUCGGCAUGUCAUCCACCGGUGGCCGCCGGCCAGUACCGAGCGCGUGCGCCGAUUUCCCGUGGCUCAUAGGCCCGGCCACGGCUGACAGCAGCAUGUUGCGCACCGGUGGCUUCGUGUACAUGAAGUUACGUGGCUACGAAAUCCAACGGUGGCGCACCAAUUCGUUCAUGUGUCCGACCAGGAAUCGGGUAGUGGUGUACACCGGGGCGGGUGACGGGCCUAAAACCGCUAGAGUCAUAUGCCCGUACGACACGGGGGCCACCUACAACGCGCUCCGCGGCUCGUACGAAGUAUUUUCGCCCGGUUGGGCAGAACCGCUGACCGGCGCCGAACAGCUGCAGCCCAAUUCAAAAACGGUGGCCAUCGAGUUCUUGAACCGCGAGUACGGUGCAUACGCCGUCACCUGGAUGGAGGUGUCCAAGAUGCCACUUAUCAUGCCGUCCACCAACGUAUACGCCAUGUCGUCAAACGUUCACCCGGAAUGCGCUUACAGGUGUCCGGAACUAAACGCGUGCAUCAGCUCGCAGUUUUGGUGCGACGGCGAGACGCACUGUCCGAUGGGCUUCGACGAGGACCCGGCCAAUUGCGCGAGCCGGAGCGGUGUGAACCUAAUGUACGUGGGCGUGCUGGGUGGCACGGCGGUGGUGCUGUUCACGGUCACCGUCGUCACGGCUGUAGUGUGCCUACGGUGCAAGGCCAACAGGUCGCGGCGAGCCGAGGACGACCGACGGCGGGCGUCACAGAAGGGCUCGGGCUCCGUCGACCCGAUGAUGUGCGCGGUCGACCGGGCGCACUACGACAAGCGGUUUCUGGAACAAAACGGCGGAGGUGGCGUCAUCGGAAACUCGCUGGGCAAGCGGUAUCCAUCGUCUUCAGACGACCUGUAUCUGGAGUGUAAACAGGACAGCAUAUGUUGACGAAACGACGGCGACGAUGAACGCCUUCGAGUCGAGACGACCGUCUGACCACCCAAACCCAGCCAAACAACCCAACAGCGGUCGCGUUUGGUAUGAACCGCGAUCGUUGAGUAAAYAUAUUUUACGUCUACCUGAACAGCGGCCUAUACUGAACGAGACGGACAUAGGCAUUAUGGUGCACUAMGUUCCACUUUGUUUUUGACAGUCAUAUUUGUAUAUAAUAUACCUAAAAUAGGAAAAUCGUUCAUAAGAACAACUCUGCAGGUCAGCGAACGCGUUCGGAUUGAAUAAUAUUGAUCAUCGUAUGUCGGUACAAUAUUGCAAUUAUUAUUAUACUCGCAGCACACUUGCCCGAACGCGCUUAUCCGAUCGUGUGAUGUCGACCGUGCAAGUUUAUCGUUAACGCCCUUCUCCUUCUCCUCCUCCCCCCUCCUUCUCCACCAUCCCCACCUGAACUUUGUCAUGUUAACUAUUUCUACUGCAUUCGAUGAUACCGUGAUGACCGUCUGUUUCCCAAACACCGCUUAUAGCGAUAUAAUAAUAUUAUAAUACCUCUGCAGACACACUCGUUACCGACCACCUUUCACUGUAACGAUAUAUUAUAAUUAUCAUCAUCAUCAUUGUACAGGUAUUUACAGACAUUUACCAUGGUAUACGCGUGUACCAGUUCGGAAUACCGUUUUAAAUAAACCACCUUCGUGGUAUGCGCUGCAUACCGUCAAACCACAGGAAUCCGACUUGUGCAUAUCCACCCUCACCACUCUCGCCGAAUUGCUAUAUCGUUUAUAUUUUUCCCUUUUGUAAUAAUUUACCUUUACUUACACCACUCGCAGACGCACGCACGUGCGUAUAUACAAGUCGUUUCAUAAAAGAGAGUAGCCACGAAAAAACUAUUUCAUACAAUAUUAUAUAUAAUAUUUCAAUAUAAUAAUCUGCAAACGCUCGGUGACGUACAAAAUACUAUAGAUUAGCCACCCACCUAUACGAAUAUUUAAAAAGGUCUAUUGUCCUGUAAGAGGCGAUUAUCGGGGUUGUGUAAUUAUUAUUGGCAUGGGUGGGAGUGUUUGGACAAUAAUGCUCGUCUCUGUCAACUCUUGCAUUUUUCACGUUACUGUAGUACCACACUGUCGUUGGUCGCGUUUAUUUAUUCUGACAAAAUUGACAAAAUUAUUAACUAUACCAUAAAUAUCUCCUUACCACCGUACAGAAAUCGUCACGAUAAAAUAAUAAUGCCGCCUAAGAUAAAUCGCAUCGAUUUAGUCUUCAUUUCGUUCGAACAGGGUUGUCGUUAAAACUAUCAUAUAAGUUCAUAGGAAUGUGAAAAAAUGCGAGUGCUUGAUAAAUGAAUAAUUUAAAAAAGUGCGUGAACCKAGUGGAAAAUACACAAUUGCAUAAUUUAUACAGUGUUAUCAGUCAAAAUAAUUAUACUCAUACUAUUUCAAAAAACUCAGAUUAGGAGCUGCUUGCCAGUUUCGAACAUGAAAAUAUAAGUAAUCAAAGUAUAAUUGGUCUGUAUUUAUAGCCAUUAACAUAUAUUACCACUAUUUCAAAAAUAAUGUAUUACAAUACCGUAUAAGUCAUUUGAUUUCUAAUACUAUAAAUAUAGUUUUAUUAUGGCAAUAAAAAUGAAUUUAUGAUAAAUACAGUCUAUAGGCUGAUCUGAAACGUCUUAUCGUUAAACGUAACGGUGAAAUGUAAAAACCUAAGUUAUUACUAUUAUUAUCCUUUUCAAAAACAAAAUCUAAUUAAACUUUUAUGACGUUUAUAAAAAUUGGCAAAUCUUCUUUAAGACCUUGCGGUGUGAUAAUUUUKWAUUUUAAUGUUAAGUUUGGUUUAAUAUAAUUUUAUAUUUUUAAUUCUCGUGUUAUUAAGUGCAUAGUAAAGUAUGACGUAAACGAUAUUAUGGUAUUCCUUGCACGAGAAGCGGUGAAAAAAUUCUGCCUUUCGUAAUAGAUUAAUUAUGCUGUAGGUACAACGUGUAUUCGGAUAAUAUUUAGUUCUUACCAUUUAUUUAGUAGAAAAUAUUUUUCCAUUCUUUGGGGGAUAAAUCCGUUUGAAUAUUGAUAGACAUGCCAAAAUUUAUUAUAUUACCUAACCUCUAGCAAUAACGCAAACUUGCCAAGAAUGUAAAAUAUUGUAAAGUCCCGUCGUAUAUUUAAAUAAUAAAAUAUAUUUUGAUACAAAAUAUUCUAUAUAGCAUGUCUGUUUUGUAAAUGAUUGUUGUUCAAAAACCAUCUAUAAAACGUUUAGUGACUUUAAAAAUCAAAAAUAAUUUUUAUGUUUUAAAUAAAUACUCUUGAAAAAGAAACAAUACAAUAUUAUUUACUGAUAGCAUAAAAUAACGACGAACGUCAUUGUUACAUCGAUCCUAUAUUUAAUUAAAUUUUCUCAAUAAGUUAUUUUAAUUUAAUUUUUGGUUAGCUCCGAUAUAACAUUUAAAAUAAACCCCAUAAACUUUAAAUGGGUAAUUACAAAACUGUAUAAUUGCGUUAUCUCGUGUACUCUUAUAACUUAAAAGUCAAGAGACUCAAAAUGACUGAAUAAUUCAUUCAUACGUUUAUUAAUCUAUUGUAUACUAUGAAUUUGUUGUUAAUAAUUGUUACCUAUGUUUAAAUAUUAUAUUUAUUAUUUCAAGUCAUUGCGGAAAAAAAUAUACAUAAAAUCCCUGAACAAAAAGGUUGUGUUAGUUGAUUGCAAAAAUUGGAUAUUUACUAAAACGUAGAAAAAUGGUUUUAUUGUUGUCUGAAAAUAUAUUAGUAUAUUGUAACAAAUUAUAAAUAAAAAAAUUAUAAUACUGGUUUUUUUUAAACUCAAUAAGUAUACUUGCCUGAGUUUUAAUAACCAAAUACAUUUUCUGACUAGCAUUUUAAAAUAUAUAUAUACCUAUUAUAAAUACUACAUUAUACUCUUUUAAUAAUUAGUAUUAUAAGUGACGUGGUAAACGGUAAUUUCAGAGGCAAUUGUCUAUGAGAUUUUUCUUGAAUAAAAAAUAGAAGGGUGGGGGUAGCUAUUGGGUCUCCUAGUAAAUGUAAUAUACUAAUAUGAAAUACUCAAUAAGUAGUCAAUAAUGAUCUGAAAUAUAAUUAGUUAUAUUAUAUUAAUAUAUUACUAUGCAUCAAUACUUGGGAUAUUUGUAACUUGCCUCUGGAAAAUGUUCAGUUCACCACGCCACUUCAGUAAUACUAUAUUAUAUACUCGUAUAUAAUUAUGAAAUAUGUACCGAUAAUAUAUUUUCGAUUUCCUGGURUAUUAUCGAACUUUUAUAACUGUAUCAAAUAAAUCUAAAAUAAUUUUAAAACGUCUAUGGAUUUUGUAAAAAAAAAUAUUAAAUGCUUAUGAUAAGAUUACAUAAUUAUCGAUAAAAUUCAACGUGUAUUC